CAAGUUUGCCAUCGAAUCCCACGAAGUUAAUCUUAAUCGUGACUUUCAAAUUUUAAUACUAAAACUGAUAUUAAUUGAUUUCUGUUAGAAUUAUUUUGUGAAGUCCCAACAAAAAUAUACCAGCAUUAUGCCGAAAGUUUCAGUAAAAGUAAAGUGGGGAAAGGAGAUGUACCCAGAUGUCGAAGUUAAUACGGAUGAUGAACCUGUUGUAUUCAAGGCUCAAAUCUUCGCAUUGACUGGCGUGCAGCCCGAAAGACAGAAAGUAGUAUGCAAAGGUGUCACCCUCAGAGAUGACAGUUGGGCAAAUUUUAAACUCUCAAGUAAUGCGUUGGUGUUAGUUAUGGGUAGUAAAGAAGAAGAUGUCCCUGCAGCACCAGUUGAACAGACUCGCUUUGUUGAAGACAUGAAUGAGUCAGAACUGGCAACUGCUUUGGACCUUCCAGAGGGUCUCAUUAAUUUAGGCAACACAUGUUAUAUGAAUGCUACAGUACAGUGCCUCAAAACAGUUCCUGAAUUGAAAAAUGCAUUACUCGGAUAUGACCCAUCAUCUGGGGGAGGAACUGCCGGUGUUCUUACAUCUGCAUUGAGUGAAACGAUGCGUGCUCUUGAGGGUGGAGGUGCAGGGGCUUGUGCUGCUGCAGCUGCUAGAUUACUAAAUGCAUUACAUGCAGCUGCACCACGACUGGCAGAACGAGGUGCUGGUGGACAGCUAGCCCAGCAAGAUGCAUCUGAAUGUUGGACCGAGAUUGUGAGAGCUCUGAGGAUGAGGCUUUCUAUAGCACCAGAACCAAAUAGUAAAUCCGUUGUGGAACAGUACUUUGGAGGUACAUUGGACGUGGAGCUAGUAUGUAGUGAAGCGGACGAGCCCCCAACACGCUCUAAUGAGUCAUUCUUACAGCUCUCUUGCUUUAUCUCGCAGGAUGUCAAAUAUCUGCAAUCUGGACUUAGAUCUAAAAUGGCAGAGCAAAUAACAAAGAUGUCGGAAACUUUAGGAAGAGAUGCAGUCUACACUAAAACUAGUAAAAUCAGCCGACUGCCAGCAUAUUUAACGGUGCAGUUUGUGCGUUUCUACUAUAAAGAAAAAGAAUCCAUAAAUGCCAAAAUUCUUAAAGAUGUCAAGUUUCCAUUAGAAUUGGAUGUAUAUGAGCUUUGUUCAACAGAACUUCAGGAACGUUUGACUCCAAUGAGAAAUAAAUUUAAGGAAUUGGAAGAUGCAUCCUUGGAAAAAUCUCUAAAUGCUAAGAAUAAAAAUCACGGCGACAGUAAAAAGGAAAAUAAAAAAAAGAGGAUAGUGCCAUAUUGGUUUGAAAACGACAUCGGCAGCAAUAACAGCGGCUACUACCGGCUGCAGGCCGUGUUGACGCACCGCGGGCGCUCGUCGUCGUCAGGACACUACGUGGCGUGGGUGGCGCGCGGGGACGGCUGGCUGCGCUGCGACGACGACACCGUGUCGCCCGUCACCGAGGAGGAGGUGCUCAAACUCAGCGGAGGCGGUGACUGGCAUUGUGCAUACCUGCUGCUGUAUGGACCUAAAAUAUUGGAGAUCCCUGAAGAGGAGGAGGAGGAGCCAAUGGUUAUGGAUGUCACUGAAGAUCCAGCUGGCAACCCUCCCACAGCUCUCGCGUAAUUACACUUCUAUGAAACCUGUCUCGAAUGUAGGCUUUAGGAACGGGGUGAAGUUUGUCAGGUAUGGAAAUAUGACAACCAAAUUUCAUUGGUUAUCAAAGGAUAUAAUAAGAUCUCAUGAAUUCUAACUUACGAUAUUAGUCUUGAAUUUAUUUUUGCAAUGUUCCUCAAAAAUAUAGUUUACAUAAAAAUAAAAGAAUUGGGAAAGGUCUAUAAAAUUUAAAUAACAUCCCCAUAGAAGUAAACAUUAAGAAAAUAGGAUUUUUGAAUAAGUUUUCUAAUUUUACUUUAAGCAUCUAAAGUAAAAACUACUAAUAUAUAAAUAUAUUUAUUAUUUUUUUAUUUUAAAGGACUAUAUAUAUAUAAAAGAUACACUUGACAAACUCUGGCUUAUUUAAGAAUCCUUUAUAUACUAUAAUACUAUAUACAAAGUAACAUUUGAAUAAUUAAAUUUUAUAUAGAGGUUGCAGUACCGUUUUUCGGUAUUGCAUGCCAAAUGUAAAUUAGGCAAAAACAUUACGCCAAUGAGUGUCCCCAUGAAUUUACAUGUUUAUAUUUUAACCCGCUUUGUCAUUGUACAUGAAUGUGUACCAAAAAUAGUUUACAAACAUUGUGAGUUGUCGGAUCGAAAAAAUUUGCCCGAAAAAAAAAAAAAACAUUUUAAUAAUUGUUUCUGGGUAAUAAUGUCAUGUAAUAAAUUAAACGAUGUUGUACUAUUAUUUUUAGAUUAUUUUCUAAAAUAUUUGUGUUUAUAAAUUAGUUUUUAUUAAAAAAUAUUCUAAAUAAACCAUUAUUUUAUUAAAACCUUUUUAUGUGCAACCUAAAAUGCAUAUUAAAACAUUUUAAUAUUACAUGCAUAUUCCCAAUUAUGAUUAUAAUUACAUUAUAAAAAGUUAAAGUUGAGUUGUACAUCGAGUAGUUUUUAUAUUUUUAUAAAUGUAAGGUAUGCUUUUUGCUAAAUUUAUAUAAAUUUACAUGAACAUUCUACUAUUACUAUAGAAACUACAUCUAAUCUUAAUGUAUUUAAGUAAAUUCUGAAGUCAUUGUAUUAGUCUUUUCUGUUUUCAUUUGUUAAUCCACUAUAAAAUAAAUUAUAUUUUAAAAUAUAUACAUAAUUUUAUGACCAAUAUUAAAUUGAAAGACUUAGUUAAUAUAAUUGUGUAAAAACGUGUCGCAUUCUUUAUUCUUGCACAAAAUAAUUUAAAAUUUAUUAUUAUUAAAAGAAUGAAGUUAAUAAAAAGAAGCUCUACUCCUUCCUGUCAAAGCCAAAUGAGACGUUUGAAGCAAUUUGUAGUUGCAAUAUGCCGACUGAAUCAAUGUUACGCAUUGAACCUUAUUUAUUGUAAAUUUUAAAUUAAGCAUUGACAAUGCUGGCAAUUGUUUAAAGCGCUUUAUUUAACACUUCUCAAUAAUCUAAGUUCUGUGUACUAAUGUAUUGAAUUUAUAAGACUAAUUGAAAUAAAUGUUUCACUCAAUGCUAA